CAACGGCCAAACACCCAACAAAUCAACCACAUUUCAGCUUUUCCAGUGCCAAACUGCCAGAGUGAGAGUGCCAGUGGCUACAAAUAUCUAGAGCGGCCAGGCUUGGUAGCUAGCCAGCCAUGGAAGACGGACUGUGACUUUGAUUCUCUCUCCCAUCCUUGUCUCUUUCCGUCCUUUUCUUGUAACCAUCUCUUCCGCCGGAGGAUCAAACAAAAAAGAAAGAGAGAAACGCCUUUCCACUCGCCGCCUUCAAUGGCGUCCCUCUCCAGCUUAUGCUCUUCCUCUCCAUCACUCAAGCCCAAGCCGGCCGCUUCUCUCCCCAAGACCGUUCUCAACCCUCCAUUUCCCGGCAAGCCCACUUCCCUCUCAUUCCCCAUUCGCUCCUCCAAACCCCUCGAUGUCGCCGCUCACUCCGUCGCCCGCGAGAUCGCCGCCGACUCUUCCAAGUCCGGCGGGAACAGCGUCCCCGGGAAGCCGAAGAAAGGGCUCGAGAAAGAUCCUCAGGCGCUGUGGAGGAGGUAUGUUGACUGGCUGUAUCAGCAUAAGGACCUGGGGCUCUAUCUGGAUGUUAGCAGGAUUGGCUUCACCGAUGAAUUCUUCCGAGAGAUGGAGCCUCGGUUUCAGCAGUCGUUUGAUGCCAUGGAGGGUUUGGAGAAGGGCGCGAUUGCCAAUCCCGAUGAAGGCAGGAUGGUCGGCCAUUAUUGGCUGAGGAAUUCGGAGCUCACUCCCACUCCCUUUCUGAAAACGCAGAUUGAGAGCACGCUUGAUUGCAUUUGUACCUUCGCUGAUGAAAUCGUCAGCGGUAAGAUUAAACCUCCAGCUUCGGAGGCUGGCCGGUUUACUCAAAUAAUGGCUGUGGGCAUUGGGGGCUCGGCUCUUGGACCACAAUUUGUUGCGGAGGCUUUGGCUCCAGAUAACCCUCCUCUCAAAAUAAGGUUUAUUGACAAUACGGAUCCAGCAGGAAUCGAUCAUCAGGUCGCUCAGCUUGGCUCUGAAUUAGCUUCUACCCUUGUGAUAGUGACUUCUAAGGUUGGUAUAGGAUACAGUCAGAUCUUGUCUCAAUCAUUCCCCUUGCAGAGUGGAGGCACUCCUGAAACUAGAAAUGGUCUUCUUGAAGUACAGAAGGCUUUCCGUGAAGCUGGUCUUGAUUUCGCAAAACAGGGUGUUGCCAUAACGCAGGAAAAUUCACUAUUAGAUAAUACAGCUAGAAUUGAAGGGUGGCUGGCUAGGUUCCCUAUGUUUGACUGGGUUGGUGGCAGGACGUCUGUAAUGUCUGCAGUUGGCCUACUGCCAGCAGCGCUUCAGGGGAUUGACAUUAGAGAAAUGCUUACUGGUGCAGCCCUAAUGGAUGAGGCAACUAGAAGCAGAGAUCUUAGGAAUAACCCAGCAGCUCUACUAGCUUUAUGCUGGUAUUGGGCCUCGGAUGGGGUAGGAUCCAAGGAUAUGGUUGUCCUUCCAUACAAGGAUAGUCUAUUGCUAUUUAGUCGGUAUCUGCAGCAGCUGGUCAUGGAAUCUAUCGGGAAGGAGUUUGACCUUGAUGGUAAUAGGGUGAAUCAAGGACUUACAGUGUAUGGAAAUAAAGGGAGUACAGAUCAGCAUGCAUACAUUCAACAACUGAGAGAGGGUGUGCACAAUUUCUUUGUGACCUUCAUUGAAGUUCUGCGUGAUAGGCCCCCUGGUCAUGAUUGGGAACUGGAACCAGGGGUUACUUGUGGUGACUAUUUAUUUGGAAUGCUACAGGGAACUAGGUCAGCUCUAUACGCUAAUGACCGGGAAUCUGUGUCGGUAACAGUACAAGAGGUGACACCAAGAUCAGUAGGGGCUCUUAUUGCACUCUAUGAGCGAGCAGUAGGAUUGUAUGCCUCUCUAGUCAACAUCAAUGCCUACCAUCAACCUGGCGUGGAAGCUGGGAAAAAAGCAGCAGGAGAAGUAUUAGCUCUUCAGAAGCGGGUUUUGGCAGUUCUGAACGAGGCAAGCUGUAAAGAUCCUGUGGAGCCAUUGACGCUUGAGGAAGUAGCUGACCGCUGCCAUGCCCCAGAGGAUAUCGAAAUGAUAUACAAGAUCAUAGCCCAUAUGGCAGCAAACGACAGAGCACUGAUUGCUGAUGGCCACUGUGGAUCGCCUCGCAGCAUCAAAGUUUACCUGGGGGAGUGUAAUGUUGAUGCUUUAUACUAAGAACGUACAGUUGAGCAAUAUUUCUUUAAUUUACCAGUGUGGUCGACCUGAAAGUGUUGUGAAUUUGCAACCAGAAUAAGGUGCUGUGUUUUGAACACUUGUGCAUGCACGCCAAAAAAAAAAUGGAGCAUUUUUCCAUCUCUGCUUCUUUCAUUUGUGUGGAUAAUGAAUGAUAUUAACAAUGAAUUUCCACGUUCUCCUUUUGUUGUACAUUUUUCGCUCAGCUGUUCUUUCAUUUGUAGAGCAAUGUUGGUGCU